UGGGAAACGUGUGUUGGUAUUCCUUCCCUAGUUUUGGCGACCCAGAAACAAAUCAAACAUAAGAGCUGAAGAAGGAGUGGUGCGCGGUGGAAUGGAAUCACCGGGGAAGGCGGGGAUGUAGACUACUGCUGAGAGCCAGAGAUUACGCACUGCGACUUUGAGUUGAGGGGAUCUGUACCAUCUCAUUGAAACCCUCACACAAUCCAAAUCCUUAGGAUCCGGAUCCCUUGUUUCCUCACCAAAACUCCGAAAGGGCUGUCAAAGUUUCCUGUGCUCCCUCGGGAACAAAUCCUGAGUUGGAGAGAGAGAUAGAGAGAGAGGAUGGAGAGGGGUAGGUUGAGGGAAACAGAGGAAACUUGGAGCAGAGGUGUUACUGAAAUUGAAAGGGCAAAGCAGAGAUGCAGAGCGGUGAUAGAUGGAUUACUAUCGACGACGACGUUACCACCAAAUCCAAAUCGAACCCUUCUCAGACUCGCCCACUCUGAGCUCUCUUUCCUUUCUCGUUUUCCCCAUUCCCAUCCCUUUCCCAUUUCUCUCAGUUCCAACAUUGGUCACCUUGAGGCAGUUGUACGCAUUCUCCAGCACCCAUUUGUCAAAGGGGUAUCACGUGUUUGUAAGCCGGUUUCUCUAUCACCACCUUUGGCUUCUCUUCAAAAUGGGGGGCACAAUACUGCAAAAAAAUCAGUACAUGUUGAUAUAGUCUGUACCCUUAAUGGAAACCCUGUAUGGUUCCUUGUGUCUGCUAGAAACCCCAAGUUUGUUUCUUGGGAUGGUGGGUCUUGUCAAAAUAAUAAGGGCCUAAGAACACGAAUACAACAAGUUGUUGAUGCAGCUGCCCAUUCCGUCCCAUCAACAAAACCUUAUUCAAUCAUCCUUUUCUUCUCAAAUGGACUUGAUGAAAGUGUCCGCACGAACCUUGAACGUGAAUUUGGCGCCUCUGAGCUCGGGAUUGAAUUUCCCGUUUCUGACUUUGGUUUUUCCGAGGAAUUAGAGGACGGGUGGAUUUACAUUCACGAGAGAUCAUUAAGACUAAGUGCGUACAUCCUUGAAAUUAAGGUGGAUCAGUCAAGGAAUUCUGUGCCAAAGAUGGAAUGUGGGUUGAAGGAUCCACUCCUGGGUGCUAUAAGUACAAGAGAAGACCUCCAAGAAGAGUGCCUUGGUUUGAAUUUAGGUGCUUCUUUUUGUUCCCUAAUUUCAAGGAUGAAACCACACCCUUUGGACUUGAAAGAUGCAGAAUUCGCUCGAGAAAAAGGCAUUUCCGGUGAAGGUGAUAUGAUAAACUUUGAUACCACUGCUUUGAUUGCUCUUGUAUCAGGAAUUAGUAAUGGUGAUACGGAGAAAAUUCUAUCUACAUCUGAGAGAGAAUUAAGGCUGAGAUUUAAGAGCAACUAUGAGUUUGUGAUUGCGCAGGUGAUGUCUGAAAUUCAGAACCCAAUCCAUGUGGAACUCGAUGCUGUGUUAUCUGGCAAAAGAGGCAUGAUCUGCGAACAUGUUUGUUCGGAGUUUAAGGAGUUAGUGUUAAUGUGUGGGGGGAAAAAUGAGAAGUCAAGGGCUGGCCACUUACUAAAAUGCAUCAUGGUUGUGCCUGACAGUCCAUCAGCCCGCAUGAUGAGCCUUCCAAACACCAGAAAGCUGGCCUUCAAGAACAAGGUUUGUUUUGGCACGGGAGAUCAAUGGCGAGCUCCAACCUUAACUGCUAACAUGGCUUUUGUAAGAGCUAUUUCACAAACUGGGAUGUCUCUGUUUACAAUCGAGCAUAGGCCGCGUGCUUUAACUGGUGAUUAGGGCUUUAAAUGAUGGGUACAAGGGAGUUUCUUGUUUCCAUGGGAGAGCAACGUUGAUACAAAGUAGUUGAAUGGUCAUUUUCAGCUUCUGGAACCCAGAACAGGAAUCCAUUCGGCCAUGCUACUUGUCGAAGUUGAUAGGAAAAUGAUCAUGGCUUUACACGGAAUAAUUUGAACCAUCCCUUGUCAAAACUAUGUAGUUAUAGAUAGGGGGCUUGGUGCAAUGUUAGCACGAAUGAAUGCUCAUCCCCUUCGAGAAAGAAAAGGGGGAAAUAUGUUUGUAAGGACAACCAAUAAAUCGUAGGCGGACGUAAAUAACUUCUGGGCGGAUGAAUAUUUACAUAAGAGUCUCCUUACAACGAAAUUUUGGAGAUCCUUGCAACCUACAAUCAUAUCGCUGACCUUUUGACUGACU